UACGUUCGUCAGCUGCGCCAACAGCGUCGCGAUCGAGCGAGUCGCUCGGUGACGAGAACAUGUUUCUGCGCGAACCUCCCAGUUCCUGGUGCGACGACGUGUCCGAGGCCCGGCUCCAUAGUCAAUGGCGUCGUCGACGUGCCGUCGGGCACGCUCGGCGUGAAUGCCAGGAUCCGGUACCGGUGCGACACGGGCUACACGUUGGUCGGAGUGGGGGAGCGCGUUUGCCAGAGUGACGGCUCGUGGUCGGACUCGGAGCCCGUCUGCCAGGUUGCUGUUGUAACAACUUGCCCAACGCCCGGUUCCAUAACCAACGGUGUUGUCGACGUGCCACCGGGAUUACUUGGCGUGAAUACGAAGGUCCAGUACCGGUGCAACGUAGGGUACAUGCUGAUCGGAAUGACGGAGCGCGUUUGCCAAAUGGACGGCUCGUGGUCGGGCGUGGAGCCGAGAUGUCAGGCCAUUCCUGGAGCAACUUGUCCAGCGCCCGGUCCCAUAGCCAACGGCGCCGUCGACUUUCCACCGGGCAUGCUUGGCGUGAACACCAGGGUCCAGUACAGGUGCAACCCGGGCUACACGUUGGUCGGAAUGAUGGAGCGUGUCUGCCAGGCCGACGGCUCGUGGUCGAACGCCGAGCCCGUCUGUCAAGCCAGUGGACACGCUCCCCAACCUCCGCAACCGCCAGCGACACCUACAACGUCACAAAGCCCGGUGCCAGAUGCGCAUCCUCCGGCGGGCGACGACAAGGCGUCCGACAGCAGCAGCAGCAGCGAGGCGCAGACGACGUCGUGGGUGCUGCUGUCGCUGCUGGGCGUGCUCGUGGUGGCGGGCGCGGUGGUCCUCUACAUGGCCUUCCAGUUCUACCUGUCGAAAUUGGGCGGCGACGAAGACGCGAUGGCGCUGAUGCCCGUCCAAGGGCUAGAGACCAAGUCGGGGGUGUUGCCAUGACGACCGAAGCUGUACCAGUGUGACUCGGAGUUACAAGCGCGCCGCUGCGUACACGCCGCCGACAGAACAGUUGCGGCUGACAGAGGCAAAACCACGGCUGCUGCGUGAUAUGCGGGCCCUUACGGAGUCCAUAAACUGGAGGCAACUGAGAAGUUUGGUUCCGGUCCACGCUCCUGCGUAACUCCAGUUACCUAAUGAACGUUUUUAAUUGCCACGCACCGCUUAUUAGAGAUAUAUCACGAUUCGUAUUUUUAAAUAUUUUCGUGAACUAUUGAAUUACCGCGAGAGAAGCACGGUGUUUUCGGGAAUAUACUACUACGGGCCAGUCUGUUUAUUUUUCAGUCUUCCACUAUUGAUUCAUUGAAAUGCGAGGGCUGUUUUUUUAAUUUUUUUUCUUGUUUUCAAGUUUCGUGAUCACUUGUUUUGAUCGAGAAGUACAAGACUGCAAACAUUUUAAUGCAUGCAAAUCUUUACUGUAUCUCUUGGGUGUACGAUUUCCGCGCCAGUUGGUUUAACUGCUUAUGUUGCGAAAGCUCUUGCACAACCGGUCUUGCCUUUAGUGCACGUUGAUUGAUUUUAAUGAAGGACUCUAUUUUUUAUAAUCUCAAAAACUUUAUAGGUAUUGUGGUGCAUACAGAGUGCGAGCGGGAGCGCUGUUGUAAAGUUCCUAUUAUUGCCUUUAAUGACUGCGUAUUAUUGUCAGAACUGAAAAGAGGUUCCAUUAUUUCUCAGCAUAUUUACCAUCAAGACGCCAUCACUCGUGCCUGCAAUGAACGUGCUCACGGAAACGCUUUACUUUGAGCACCUUGCUUUGGCUGUUCAAGAGACACUAUAUUUUCAUGAGUUGUUCCCGUAAGCUGCCGUUUGACGUAAAAUACAAGUGGGCUUGUUUUGUAUUGCGUGUUCCUUGCUGAUCUGUGAGUCGCUUAUCUGGCGUAAUUGCGCCACACACACACACAAGAAAAGAAAACAAAAAGCAUCUGAGGACACCUAUAAGCACUUCUGACGAGCUGAGAAUGCGAAAGCAUUAAAGUCCUAUUGAACGCCGCUAAGCGCUCCUUCGAGUUUUACGCGGCGAGUAAUGUACCACAGCGGUACGUGCUGUCCGAGCCAGCAAGCAGCAGCAGCCUGCGGUGCCAACGCCGACUGCCACCGACGCGGCGGUGCCCUCGCCCUUCGCGCAACACCUGGCGCGCUACUGCGGCAGCAGGCGUGCCCUUUCGCCGCUGUGCUUUGGUCGAGGCGCCUUCGUGACGUGGCGUCGCAGCCAAUGGGAAUCCACGUGACUUUUCGCUGCUGCAGACGCCGGCGGCUUUUUUCGCUCAAUGGGCCAUUUGACGCUUUCGCAUCGAUAAACGAAGGUGGAUAGUCUAGACUGCGAGGAACACAAGUGCCGUGUGCACCGUGCCUAUACUGUGUCGACUUCCGGUACUUCUGAUCGCUUAAAGGGACGCUAUUUUUUAUAAUUGAUUUGCACCUUAGUAGUAAAUUACCUUUAUACAAUUUCAAAAGACGCCAAGAAGAAACAUGGCUUACUGGUAAGCCUGAAAAGGCGU